AUGGCCAGCCAUGAACAGAGUCACCAGUCUGACAACCCAAGCCCCCAGCCAAGCACCUCGGGGUAUCCCCUGGAGGCAAAAAAGUCUUACCUCGUACCCUGGGUUCUUUACUCAGCCCGCUGUGUGGAUUCCAGCCCCCUGCCUGCAACCUCAGGUGGCUGUAAGAGGAAAAGAAAGAGGCCAACCAAGGAGGAGGCGGGGGAGGAAUUGGAGGAGGAGACCGCCCCCAGGCCUGAAAAUACAUGGGCCAUAGAGACCGUGUGCGGCCUGAAAAUGAGGCUGAAGAAGAAGCGCACCUCCACGGUGCUGCCCGAACACCACGAGGCCUUUGCCAGGCUGCUCAAGGAUCCUGUCGUGAAAGGGUUCCUGGAGUGGGACAAAAGCCUGAGGCUCACGGACAAGUACCUACUGGCGAUGGUCAUCGCUUACUUCAGCCGCGCGGGCCUCUUCUCCUGGCAGUACCAGAGAAUUCACUUCUUCCUGGCCCUCUACCUGGCUCUUGAUAUGGAAGAGAAUUACCACGCCCCUAAAGAGGCCAUCUUUUCCUUCCUCUAUGGGGACAGCAACUGCGCCCGGCGUCCCUUGUUCCACAAACUACGAUUUCAGUUCUUUCGUUCCAUGGGCUACAGGGCGUGGGUCUCCAAGGAAGAGUGUGAAGAGAUCCAGGCCUUUGAUCCCGAGCUGUGGGUGUGGAGGCGAGAUCGCGGCCUCCUUUCUGAAAUCAAGAAGCCCGAGGUCGCUGCACCCACGGGAGAUUCCAGUUCUCAGCAGCAAGUGAAUCCAGGCGCUAAUGACAGGCCUGAGGAAGGGAAAGAGGAGCCUCCGGUGCAGAUAACCUAG